CGUUAGUUAGUGUUCAACGUUCAAUCAGACAAGAUGUAGAACCGUAAGCAAUCAAUCCUUCUAGCCACCGCUCUUACGCUGCUGGUGCUGGUAGGCUGCCUGUUGGACCACACGGAGGCGAAAAGGAAAAGCUCCAAAAGCCACCGCCACCGUCCGAAGGGUGUGAACAUCGAGAUCUACCAUCCGAAGGGCGUGAUGGUGUGGUAUCCCUACCGCACCGAUCUCGAGCUGUUCGGAAUCGAAAUCUACAUCAACAAAGACCAGAACGCAGCACCAGAAACGACAUCAUCCUCCUCGGAGGAAGUGGUCCGUCCGGUUUGCGACAUUUGCCUCAACACCACGGAGGUUUCGUAUGGAAAGUUUAUUCUGCGCGCCGAGAACGCAAUCAUCCGUGGCCGUGAUCGUGUCACGUACCGUGCGAUCUUGAAGAAAACCAACAGUGAGCCUCGCAUUUCGUGCAGCAAUGAGUUCUACGUUUCAGAGAGUCGCAUUCUGCUGGGCAGCGUCAACGGGGAGGCCAUCGCUUGUAAUAGCGCCACGACGGAACCGCGUAUUGGUGACGCCAGCGAUAAGGCGUUGCGCGAUGAGAUCAAGCUGCUCGAGGACAUCCUUCUCGAGGUGAACCAGGAGUGCAAUGCUAGCCAGAACCAAACGAAGCAACUGCACUUGAUCGCCGAAACACCGACGCGUUACAAUGCGGCUGAACUGUUUGAGUUCGCGACCAACUGGCUAACAAGUGCGCUUCCGUCCGUGAACUGGAACCGAACGAUGGUGGAUGCGUUCUACGUGAUAAACGGUGGCAUUGGAGUUGAGGUGGCUACCAUCAUUGACAAACUGAAGAUCCUCAAGAUGGCUCAGGGACUGCCGGAUCAGCCGAUCACCGAUCUCGAUACGUUCCAGAACGAAGAUUUCACGAACGAGAUCGAUAUGUGGUAGAGGCACGUUUGGGUUGACGAAAUUUUAAUCUCCUGCCUGGUAACGAGUUUUAUAGAAAUAAAUUACAGUUUUGAUUGUUUACGUGUAA